AUGCCACGUCUUUCACUAUCUUCAAGGUCUCCUUGUUCAUGUUUAUGUGUGCGCGUAGGUCAUCUUCAUGUUGGAAGGACUACGGGAAAAGUGAAGCGUCAAAGGAGGCCGGACACCGUGCAGGUGGCUGGGUCUAGGUUGCCGGACUGCUCACAUGCGUGUGGUUCAUGCUCCCCAUGUCAUCUUAUGAUGGUUAGCUUUGUGUGUGCAUCACUAGCAGAGGUGAAACUUGUCCCAUGGCUUAUAAGUGCAUGUGCAACAACAAAUCCUACCCCUUCCCAUGAUGAGCCUUACCAAUAUGCAUUCAAUACGUUUUGUUUUUCCCUUUAG